GUGUGGCUAGCUUAAAUCAGAGCACGCUGAGCCGGCCAAUGCAACGGAAGCUGGUGACGCUGGUGAACUGCCAGCUGGUGGAAGAAGAAGGCCGCAUCCGGGCCAUGCGGGCAGCUCGGUCCCUCGGGGAAAGGACCGUCACCGAGCUGAUCUUGGCACACCAGAACCCUCAGCAACUCUCGGCCAAUCUCUGGGCCGCUGUCCGGGCCAGGGGGUGCCAGUUUCUCGGGCCAGCUAUGCAGGAGGAAGCCUUGAAACUGGUCCUGUUGGCCCUGGAGGAUGGCUCGGCCCUCUCCCGCAAAGUCCUGGUGCUGUUUGUGGUCCAGCGCCUGGAGCCCAGGUUCCCCCAGGCGUCGAAAACCAGCAUCGGCCAUGUGGUGCAGCUGCUGUAUCGGGCCUCCUGCUUCAAGGUCACCAAGAGAGACGAGGACUCCUCCCUGAUGCAGCUGAAGGAGGAAUUCCGCAGCUACGAGGCCUUGAGGAGGGAGCACGACGCGCAGAUCGUCCACAUCGCCUUGGAGGCCGGUCUCCGGAUCUCUCCCGAGCAGUGGUCCUCCCUCCUCUACGGCGACCUGGUCCAUAAAUCCCACAUGCAGUCCAUCAUCGAUAAGCUCCAGUCUCCGGAGUCCUUUGCGAAAAGUGUGCAGGAAUUAACCAUCGUCCUGCAGCGAACGGGGGACCCCGCCAACCUGAAUCGGCUGCGUCCCCAUUUGGAAUUCUUGGCUAACAUAGAUCCCAACCCAGAUGCAGCCCCUCCAACCUGGGAGCAGCUGGAAAAUGCCACUGUGGCCGUUAAGACAGUGGUGCGUGGCCUUGUGGAUUUCAUCCAGAACCACAGCAGAAAGGGCCCCGAGAUUCCACAGCCGCAGCCGAACAGCAAGUAUAAAACCAGUUUGUGCCGUGACCUCAGGCAGCAGGGCGGGUGUCCACGCGGAAACAACUGCACUUUCGCUCACUCACAGGAGGAGCUGGAGAAGUAUCGGCUAAGAAACAAGAAAAUUGGUGCCGCCACCGCCAGACCUUUCCCUCUGCUUGGGAAAGCCAGCAUCACAAGCGCCAUGCCCCCCACUGCUGGGAAUGUCAUUUCCAUCCUAGGAAACACGGACCUGGCGGGAAAGGCAGUGUCCGGCACCAACAGGAGUCCCAGCCCGGAGAACGGCGGCCCCCAGCUGAUCUCCCGUUGUAUCAACAGCCCUUCGUUACGGACUCUGGAGCACAUGAAGAAAGGCGGAAAGGCCAUGGGGAACGGCCAAAAUCCUGCUUUGUCUCCCAACGAGUCUCUGCCUGAACAUCAAACUGGCUGCUCUCCGAAAACGCCUGUGAACCAGACCGCAGCUACCUCAGCAGGCCCCAUUCCUCCUCCCCCUCCUCUCCCUCCCUCCCCUGCUCUUGUGGGCAGCGAGAUAAACCCCCUCGCCCCCAAACCCAGCCCUUUCACCGCCCGCCUGCCCAUCUACCCAGCUCACUCGGAGAGCCUUCCGUACUUCCAGGAUCCUCGGGCUCACCUCUCCUACGAGACUCCGCCUUACCCGCAAACAGGAUACUACCCAGUCCCCCCGGCAGUCCCCGCAGCUGUGCCACCGUGCCUCCCUCGCUUUGUGAGGUCCAGCAGCGUCUCAGAAUCCUCUCUCCCACCGGCCUGUCUACAGUAUAGUGAGCAUUAUGGCACGUUUCCUUCUCGGGACAGACUCACCGCUGCUUACCAACAGCCGCCACCGCAGCCCUACGGGCCGGUGCCGCCCAUUCCGUCUGGGAUGUAUGCUCCGGUUUACGACAGCCGGCGUAUUUGGCGGCCACCGAUGUACCAGAGGGAUGAUAUCAUCCGGAGCAACUCUUUACCUCCCAUGGAAGCCACCCACCCCUCCGUCUAUCACAACUUUCUGCGGGAAAGAUACGGCUCUUUGGACAGCUACUGUCCGGUGCCCUGCCAGGUGCCAGCGGAGCAGAGGGUCGUGCCUUGGGCGAGGUUCAGCGAGAACUCCGGCGGCUCGAGCGACACCAAGUACGAAGAUGGGCAGCUGUGCCAGUACUCGCCCUGGUCCUGCAGCACCAUCAAUUCAUGCAUUAGCGCGGUUGAGGCGGAACCGAAGGACGUCCAGUCUAAAUCCACCACAGUCCUCCUAG